CAAGACAGGCAAACGUUUGCUUCAACGAGCAGUAGCGAGCUGUUAGGACCUUUCUGGUCGCUUGACGACGAACCCGCGUUCGGUCGUGUUCUCGCGAGAAGUGACGAGACCUCCUGCAGACGCACGCGUGAGGCGUCAAAGUGGGUUUGGUGAACCAUCGCUUCUUAAACGCUGACGAUGAAUGGAGUGAAGGUGGUGGUGGUCGGAGCAGGUGUGGUCGGAUUAUCCAGCGCCGUUUGUAUCGCUGAGGCUCUCCCUGGCUGCUUCGUCACGCUUGUGGCCGAAAGGUUCAGUCCUGACACCACAAGCGACGUCGCUGCCGGGAUCCUGUUGACCGAGGACUUCCCGGAUGUCCCGUUGGAAAGACAAAAACGUUGGUUCCAGGACGGCUUUGAUGAGCUGCUGUCCGUCGCCCAGUCCCAGCACUCCUCCGAUGCGGGCGUCCUCCUAACUUCAGGGUGUCAGGUCUUCAAGGAAGUUCCCGCUAACAAGACUCCUUACUGGUCCGACAUUGUGUUAGACUUCCGCUUGAUGAGCGAGCGCGAGCUGAAACGCUUCCCGCAUCACACCUUUGGUCAGGCCUUCACUACCAUCAAGUGUGAAUGUACCAAUUACCUGCCUUGGCUCCUGAACAGGUUCCAGAAAGCCGGCGGUCAGGUGCAGAGGACUAAAGUCACCCACCUCCAGGAGCUCGGCCUCCGCUAUGACAUCAUCGUCAACUGCUCAGGUCUGGGUUCUAGAUCCCUGGCGGGCGACGGCCAGGUGUACCCCGUCCGAGGCCAGGUCCUGCGGGUGGAGGCGCCCUGGCUGCGGCACUUCAUCCGGGACGCGGACGGCAAGACUUACAUCUACCCCGGCGCGCGCCACGUCACGCUGGGCGGCGGCCGGCAGCAGGGCGACGAGCGCCUGAUGCCCGACCCGGGAGAGAGCGACGCCAUCCUGGAGCGCUGCUGCCGCCUGGAGCCGUCGCUGAGCAAGAGUCGCCCGCUGGGCGUGUGGGUGGGGCUUAGGCCUGGCAGGAAGCACCCCAGGGUGGAGAGAGAGGUGCUGCAGGUGAACCAGCACAGGAGCGUGCACGUGGUCCACAACUACGGCCAUGGAGGAUGGGGCGUGUCCUUGGCCUGGGGGACCGCUGUGGACGCCCUCAAACUGAUCACGAAGUGUCUUCAGGACACACCUUUACCUGCAAAACUGUGAUCUCCUUCAGACAUUAAACACAUCAUUUACACACUUUGUGCUAGUACUGCUUCAUACAAAUAGAAGUACUAGUACUUUGUACAGUAACGCCUGAAUGCAUCAUUAUGUACAUUUGUACUAGUACUUUGUACAGUAACGCCUGAAUGCAUCAUUAGGCACAUUUGUACUAGUACUUUGUACAGUAACACCUGAAUGCAUCAUUA